ACAUAUCUGACACCAGUGGAGCAGAGGGAAAACUCACACUAGCACAUAUUUGUGUUGACUGGAAGCUGAGAAUAUGCCAAGGACUUCCUGAACACUUCAACUGGUCUGACCUCACAAGUUCAUGGCCGAAUCAAGUGUUUGCUAAAGUUCUGGGCAACUUAAAAUGAAGCAAUAUUCAACCUUCCAAGGAUUAAAAGCAAUAAGAGGGUAUGAGAAGCAGAGGAACAUUCUACAGACAGACAACACUCAAACCCAAGAGAAAAUCUGACCUGGUCCCCAUCAAGGUCUUCUGUCUCUGCAGUGAUGAAGGACCGCAUGGAGGAGCUGCGUCAGCGGAUGAAGGCCAGCGAGAAGGUGCUGGACAACAACACCUUCAGUGAGGAGGAGGAGGACAUGGACCCGUCCUCGCUGAUAGGCCUGCAGGCCGUGAUCUUCGAGGCAGAGCCCGUCCAGGACAGCUUCCUGAAGGAGGCUCAGAGCAUUCACAACAGCAUCGAGGAGCUGAACUCUGAAGUCCGUAAGUUCGGUCAGCAGCAGAGAAACUUUAUGGCCACUAUCAGGCGAUUCAGCAUCAUGAAAAAGGAGAGCAGCAUGACGCGAGACAUCAAGUUGAUGGCUGAGAGCCUGCAUAAAAGGUUAGAUGCGCUUUCCAAGAAGGCUAAGCAAACCGAAGCCGAGCUAGGCCCUGACGUCACCACGUCCCGUAUCCAGAAGGCCCAGCACGCAGCCCUCUUUCACCAGUUCCAGCAGGUAAUGCGCCAACACAAUGACGCGAUCCUGAACAAGCAGCACAAAUGCAAGCAGUUCAUCAUCCGGCAGUUGGAGGUAUCGGGCCGCGAGGUGUCCGAAGAUGAGGUGGACGACAUGAUAGAGCAGGGCAAGUGGGAGAUCUUCAAUGAGAACAUCAUAGUGGAUGCAAAGAUCACCCGUACGCAGCUCUCAGAGAUCGAGCAGCGCCACAAAGAGCUCCUGAACCUGGAGAGCAACAUGAAGGACCUGCGAGAUCUCUUUCUAGAAGUGUUCAUGCUGGUGGAAGAGCAAGGCCACCAGAUCGAGAACAUACAAGCCAAUGUGGAGAAGACGCAAGACUACGUAGCAGUCACGAAGGAGAAGUUCAAAACGGCUGCGAGAUACAAGAAGAAGAACCCUCUCAGAAGACUUUGCUGUUGUUGCUGUCCUUGGUUCAGCAGGGCAAGGCUGGCAGAAUAAACUAUGGGAAAGUUUCUCAUUUGCUGCUCUCUCAAGGGCCGAGUACACUAACUGCAGACACUGACCUCUGUCUGAUGAAGAUAAGAAGCAAGGGCACAAAGCACUUUUGGACAAUAUUAAAACAGGAAGGCUCCAUAGCAAUGGAGACAGUUGGGUGUUGACAUGCAAUAUGAAUGCUUAUAUAAAGAUUUCACAAAAGGUUA